AUGAAACGCUCAACUCCUCUUAAAGCCAAAUCAAGCGCUGAAGAUUACGAAGAACAAGGUGUAUCAAUUUCCCGUAAGCGUCAGCGUACCAAGCCUACUACUAGUGAAAGUAAUGAAAAGAAUAAGGCUCACAUUCCCGAUGAAAAAAGCAUAAAAAAGAUUCGUCAAGAGCUCAAGGACAGGCUUUCGGAACGCGUAAUUCCAGCGAAACUUAUAGGAUUGGAAGACGAAUACGCGACGCUAUAUGACAUUCUCAACCGAACUGUAUCUAUGGGCGAAAGCAACUCUUGUUUAAUAUUGGGUGGUGCUGGCACCGGAAAAACAACGAUCGUUCGAAAAGCCAUUAAGGAAUUGACAUCAUUACAUGGCGAUAAUUUCUUCUGCAUAGAUCUCAGCGGGUUUAUCCAAACUAAUGAUCGUCUUGCACUUCAAGAAAUUUCACGUCAGCUUUCUCUACAACCACAACUUGAAGGCCAAAUAUUUCAUUCAUUUGCAGAUUCGCUCAUUUAUAUAUUGAAUCUCUUAAAAUCCGGGAAUAAAGAUACUAGUAAACCAAUAAUCUUCAUCUUGGACGAAUUCGAUUUAUUCACUCAACAUAAUAAGCAAGCACUCCUAUAUAAUCUUUUCGAUGUUUCUCAAGAUAAUCAGGCACCAGUUGCCAUAAUUGGAAUGACUCGCCGUCUAGAUGCCUUAUUUUUACUUGAAAAACGAGUAAAAUCACGAUUUUCUCAUCGACAAAUUCAUCUCUAUUCCGCAGAGAACUUUAAGACUUUUACCGAAAUAGCAAAGAAUUUUCUGCGAUUGGACAAUGACAUAGAAGAGGUUGAUUCGAUUUAUCGUCAACAUUUUAAUGAAAGAGUUGAAGAAUUAUUCGAGGAAACUUCUUUUUCCAGAACUGUGAGACACAUAUUUGACUCAUCUAAGGGAAUCCGAGGAUUUAUUAAUCUAUGUUUUGGUCCAAUUGCAAGAUUAUCGGCAGUCAAACCAUUCUUAUUAUCGUCGGAUUUUGCAGAAUAUCUGAUUCAAAAGCAAAUAAAUGCAAAAAUCGAAAUAAUCAAAGGAAUAACUGAAUUGGAAUUAUGCCUGUUGGUCGCCAUCCAGCAUAUUAAUUUGCAGCAAACACCCACAUUCAACUUUUGCAUGGUCUACGAAGAAUACAAGAAUUUCAUGAAUGAUCUUGCGGUUAAAGGAAAAAGUAUGAGAAUGCGUAAAUGGGACGCCGCUCUAAAAUCCUUUGAGCAUUUAGUAUUGAUGGAACUUGUCAUUCCUGUGGAAGGUGCGAUGAAGAGUCGAAAAGAAUACCGAAUGAUGAGAGUACUGUUAGAACCUAAUGAAAUCUUUGAAGCUGUUUCGAGUCACAAAGAUUGUCCACUUGUUUUAAAGAAUUGGAGUCAGUCAUCAAGAUUAUAA